UAUCCCCUAAAAAUUAGGAAGAGAAAGAAUAAACGCAAAACAGAAAGCAUUUUUAUGAUGCUUGGACAGGUCUUAUGAGAAGAGCACAAAGUAUUCCUUAAGACAGUGGAGUGACGCAGACUUGCACGUAGAGGAGUUUUGGGUGAAUUAGGCUCCUUCAGAGGACGCAUUGAGAGUGUGCGCACCUGCGUAAGACCAGCAGUGUCCGCGAUCUGCAACCUCACAAAAUGAGAAGCUGCUCCUCCGUCUCACAGCGCCUGUGAAGGAAGGAUUUUCAGACGUCUGCUUAUCACAAUGACUAAAAUUUCUUCUGGAUUACAAACUAUAUGGAGCUUUCCCCUCGCUUCAUCCUCUGAGCAGCUGUGACCAUCGUGUCCAGACACCGAUACGCACCGUCCUCUGGCACAAUUCUAACGUUACUUGUUGUCACCCUGCGAGAAACAUGUCAUCCAAAUUACUGGCUUAUGUCUUACUCCUGUCUGUCCUUCACACCCGCUCCCUAACAGUUGAGUAUGAGGAGGACUAUGAAGAUGUCACUGUGAACCAAAUGCUGGCUCCUAAAUCACAAGACACUGACACCACGGAAAUACUCAACAAUUUACUCAAAGAAUAUGAUAAGAAGCUGCGACCGGAUAUCGGAGUUAAACCAACUGUUAUAGACGUCGACAUAUUUGUGAACAGCAUUGGACCAGUUUCAUCCAUAAAUAUGGAAUACCAGAUUGACAUCAUCUUUGCCCAGACGUGGACAGACAGCCGUCUUAGAUACAACAGCACAAUGAAAAAAUUGACUUUGAACAGCAAUAUGGUUGGACUCAUUUGGCUCCCAGACACCAUCUUCAGAAACUCCAAGACUGCAGACUCCCACUGGAUUACAAUGCCCAACCAGCUGCUCAGAAUAUGGAAUGACGGGAAGAUACUUUACACCUUAAGGCUGACAAUAAACGCAGAAUGCCAGCUGCAGCUGCAUAACUUUCCAAUGGACGAACACUCCUGUCCACUCAUCUUUUCCAGCUAUGGAUACCCGAGAGAUGAGAUGAUUUACAAGUGGAGAAAGAACUCUGUGGAGGCGGCUGACCAAAAGUCCUGGCGUCUCUACCAGUUUGAUUUUAUGGGCCUGAGAAACACUACAGACAUAAUAAAGACCACAGCAGGUGACUAUGUGGUGAUGACAGUGUAUUUUGACCUGAGUAGAAGAAUGGGCUACUUCACCAUCCAGACUUAUAUCCCCUGCAUCCUCACUGUGGUCCUCUCCUGGGUGUCCUUCUGGAUCAAAAAAGAUGCCACACCAGCCCGAACAGCUUUAGGUAUAACCACCGUGCUGACUAUGACCACCCUCAGUAGUGUGGCCAGGACGUCGCUACCCAGAGUGUCUUAUGUCACCGCCAUGGACCUUUUCGUCACUGUCUGCUUCCUGUUUGUCUUUGCUGCCCUGAUGGAGUAUGCAACGUUAAAUUAUUAUUCAUACAGCGCUCGCAGACCCAGCUGCAUGGAACCUAAAAGAUCAAACUAUUCUGUCCUGGAUGUGAGACCUCCACACACUGUCAUCGCUUUAAACAACUCUAUGUACUGGCAGGACUUUGAAGAUGCUUGUGUCUACGAGUGUCUGGACGGGAAAGACUGCCAGAGCUUCUUCUGCUGCUUUGAGGAGUGUAAAGGAGGAGCGUGGAGAAAAGGACGCGUCCACAUAGAUUUACUUGAACUGGAUGCAUACUCACGCGUCUUUUUCCCCACCUCCUUCUUGCUGUUCAAUGUCGUCUACUGGGUUGGCUACCUCUACCUUUAGCACACUGCAGAGGCCUGUUUGGUCACAAAAGAAGGACAGCACAGUUUAGCAGAAGAAAAUCAGGAUUUAGUUAAUAAUGGUAACGCCAAAUAAACUCUUUCCUGUGGUAUCCGAAGCAGGUACCUGGAGAUAAAAAGAGAGGACAGGGUGUGUCUGCUGGCCUGUGUCCACCAGACACUUCUGCUUCUGUGACUACAGGUAUGAGAUUACAAGACAAUACUGAUUCCCUCCGAUAGGCUGUUCACAGAAUGAGGACAAGCAUGGACUGUGAAAACAAAGAAGGACAUGUGCUUUGCACUGCUACCCCAAACUUCUCAAUCAGAAGGAUGACUUGUUUUGUAGGGAUUGUCUCGGCACGUUAUUAUCCAGCCAUCAGUCAAAUCCAGUUGAUGAAAAUCCAAGGACAUUCAAACCAUUUAUAGUGCCUUCCUCUGGAGGGGUAGAUACUAUCUGCUACAAUAAUCAGGGAACAAUGAUUUAUAUUUAAAAAAAAAAAGAAGAAGAAGAGCCUGGCUUUGACUGAUUAUGGCUGUUCUCAUUCAGAGCUUUGAGUUACAUUUAUGACACAGUCAUUUGUAGGAACAACCAGAUGAAAUUUCAUUAGGUUUUAAUCUCUUCACACUGACUUUCAGUCAUUAGGCAUGACUCAUUCCUCCAGCUUGCAAAGCUGUUAGUAUCCCUAUACGGUAUGAUAAAUAAAUCGGUUUCCAGAGAAGAGGAAUCACUGAUGUAAACUUAUGGCGAAUUAAUAAUGUAUGUAAUA